AUGUCCAAGAAAUACGUCCUGACCGGCGUCGGUGGCGGCAUAGGCUCCGUCGCGGCGGACUACGCCAUCUCCAUCCGGCAGCCCGACCAGCAGCUGGUUUUCUCCACGACUUCCCUAGCAAAGCUCCCCGCCGGCAAGGUAGAAGAGUGGCGCAGCCAAGGCGUCGAGGUCGUCGAGGCUACCUACGAAGACGUCAACUCUCUCAUCCCCGUCUUCCAGGGCGCUGAAGCCAUCGCCUGGAUCUCCACCUGGGCCAUCUACCACCGCCCAGACCAGGGCGCCAACAUCCUAGCCGCCGCCCGCGCUGCCGGUGUGCACCGCGUGCUAUACUCAUCCUUUGUCGGUGCGGGGCUCGCAGUCGGCAGCCCUGAGGCCCUGGCUCGUGAUGUGCGCGCCGAGCUUCCCUUCCUCCCACAGGAUCACGCCCUCACCGAGCGCCUCAUCCGCGCCUCUGGCCUGGUCUGGAACGUCCAGCGCAACUACCUGUACCAGGACAACAUUCCAGGCCUGUUCUCCGGUGCAUGGAAGUACUGCGGCGAUCGCUGGUUAAACAACAGCGGGGGCCGGGGCGCCGCCUACGUCGCGAGGGAGGACUGCGGGCGCGUCUUUGGUGCGCUCCUUCUGGGAAAGGGGGAGCCGAACACGGCAUACCAUGUCAGCGGGCCGGCGGCCAUCACGGACAAGGAGGUGUUUGAGUACAUGAAUGGAAAAUCGGGCUACAAGGCUGAGUUUGUGGACGUUGACGACGAGGAGCUGCGGGCAUGGUGGGCAGAGCGGGGAAUGGGAACGGACGCGCUCAAGGCGUUUGAGAGCGACCUGCCGCUGAAGCUGUGCCAGGACGACCUGCUGUGCUGUGGCUCCAUGGUUCGGGAAGGGUAUCUGGCUGAGGUGCACGAUACGGUGGAGAAGCUGACAGGGAGGAAGGCGUUGAGCUAUCAGGAGAACUUUGUCAAGUACGAGGGUCUCUUUCCGCGGAAUGAAUGAGCGGAGACCGCGAGGCAAGGGGCAGCAGAGUUCUUGAGAGUGAUCGCCGCAUACGAACAUUCGGACUUUGUGCGCAGCAGGAGGCCCUGACCAGUCAUUACAGAGUACUGGAGCGCCAAAUGACACACAUUGACGGAAGAGAGAGCAGGAGAACACGAAUCCACAUGCUACCAGUGUAAGACGCAUGUAAAGCUCGAGUCAAAUCAAUCUGUCGUCAAAUCU